UUCACAACCGUCAAUCAUCAAAUAAUAAUUUCUUUAUUACAUAUCGACCACAUAUACACACACGAAAAAAAACAUGCCGACCAUUGAAGAAGGAAUUAAACUUGAUUUCAAAGAUGUUCUAUUGCGGCCAAAACGUUCAAUAUUAAAAAGUCGUGCCGAUGUUGAUCUGAAUCGUGAUUUUCAAUUCCGUAAUUCGGAACAUAAAUAUCAUGGCAUUCCUGUCAUCGCUGCCAAUAUGGAUACAAUUGGAACAUUUGAAAUGGCUAUUGUAUUGGAUAAACACAACUGUUUCACUUGUAUACAUAAACAUUAUUCCUUAGAGGAAUGGAGAGAUUUUGCCCAGAAUCAUAAGGAUACACUUAAAAAUGUUGCCGUCAGUUCUGGUUCAAGCCAAAAUGAUUUUGAAAAAUUAAAAGAAAUCAUCAAUAUAGCACCGGAUAUAAAAUAUAUCUGUUUGGAUGUUGCCAAUGGUUAUAGUGAAUCAUUCGUAACAUUCGUAAAAGAUGUUCGUGCUGCAUUUCCUCAUCAUACUAUUAUGGCAGGAAAUGUCGUUACUGGUGAAAUGGUUGAAGAAUUAAUUCUUUCUGGUGCUGAUAUAAUAAAAGUAGGCAUUGGUCCUGGAUCGGUUUGUACUACACGCAAAACUGGUGUCGGUUAUCCACAAUUGUCAGCCGUUUUAGAAUGUGCCGAUGCAGCACAUGGACUUGGUGGUCAUAUCAUAUCGGAUGGUGGAUGUACAUGUCCAGGUGAUAUUUGUAAAGCAUUCGGUGCUGGUGCCGAUUUCGUCAUGUUAGGCGGUAUGUUAGCCGGACAUGAUCAAUGUAAUGGUGAUGUUGUGGUCAAAUCGGAUGGACAAAAAGUGAAACAAUUUUAUGGAAUGAGUUCCGGUACAGCUAUGAAUAAAUAUCAUGGUGGUGUGGCCGAAUAUCGUGCCAGUGAAGGAAAAACCGUUGAAGUACCAUAUAAAGGUGAUGUGGAAAAAACCAUAUUGGAUAUAUUGGGUGGUUUACGAUCAGCAUGUACAUAUACUGGUGCAUCACGAUUACGUGAAUUGCCCAUUCGUACGACAUUCAUACGUGUCACACAACAAACGAAUGAAAUUUUUCGUCAGCUUGAAGUUUAAAAUUCUAAAAAAUAAAAAUCAUCACUUAUUUUGGGUGCCAAUUCAUACACACACACCCACACACAUAUGAUGAAAUCAGUACCGUGGCCUUUUUUUCUGUCUGGCAUUCAUUUUUUUCAUUUUAUUUUAUUAUUUUGCCCAUUGCCCAUUUAUAUACAUAAAACACGUACUUAAAAAAUUUUUAUGAAUUUCAAAAAUUUGAUGAUUUAAAUAAAAUUCGACAGCUUGUCAUAUUAAA